AAAUAAUGUAAUGCGGUGCGAUGUGCGGGGAGAGCGGAAAUAGUGAAUGCCGGGUCCUGGGAGAGUGGAUAUAGUGGAUGCAGGGUUCGGGGAGACCGGAUAUAGUGAAUGCAGGGUCCGGGGAGACCAGAUAUAGUGAAUGCAGGGGUCCGGGGAGAGCGGAUAUAGUGAAUGCAGGGUCCGGGGAGACCGGAUAUAGUGAAUGCAGGGUCCGGGGAGAGCGGAUAUAGUGAAUGCAGGGUACGGGGAGAGCGGAUAUAGUGAAUGCAGGGUCCGGGGAGAGCGGAUAUAGUGAAUGCAGGGUCCGG